AUGGGCAACCAAAUGAGCGUCCCACUAAGAACCGAAGUCCAGGAGAAGGAACCGGAAGCAAACACUUACAAGGUGAUAUCAGACAAUGAGUGUGUUCAGAAUGGGAGCCCAGUGACGGUGUCCACUCACGUGGUUCAACACUAUGAUGAAGUCGAUUUGGGAAUAAGCAUCUCCACGGAUAAUGUGGCUACUUCUUCCCCCAAGACAAUGGAGGCCCAAGCUGUGGCCGAUGCCAGCGGAAAGAAUCUUGGGAAAGAAGCCAAGCCCGAGGCACCAGCUGCUAGAUCGCGUUUUUUCUUGACACUCUCUCGGCCUGUACCAGGACGUCCCGGGGACCAAGGCUCGGAUUCAUCGGCUGCAUCGGGCCGGCUUGAUGUCAGCCCGGGCACAGCGCCUGCGAACAAAGACCCAAGUGAGCACGGGGCACUUCCGGUGGCAGCUGCACCAGGGCCGGCUGCAGAUAAAACCAGACCAGGGUGCACUGAGGCCAAGCAGCAGGCCCUCCCUGCCACCUGCCCACCCGCACCUUCACCACCUGAGUCCCGGGCAGAAGGCCCCUCCAAGCCGAAAGACUUCAGCUUUUUCGACAGAUUGUUUAAACUAGACAGGGGAAGAGAAAGCACACCAGUUGACGGCCAGCCUGAAGAAGCCCAGGGGGUGAGAGACCAAGACCAGGCCGCUGACGCUCCUGCUCUGCCAGGGAAUCCCCAUGGUGUCCCUGCUGGGGAGGACAUAAUUGACAGCGAGGAGAAAGGACAAGAAGUUGACACUCUGAGUUAUUCUGUCCCUGGGGAUCCAGAGGUGCUGGGGACCAAGAAGGAGGACCCCCAGGAGGUAGAUACCACAGAGAGUAGUAACUCCAUCAUGAGCUUCUUCAAGACCCUCGUUUCACCUAACAAAGCUGAAACAAAAAAGGAUCCAGAAGACACGAAGGCGACCAAGGCAGACAAUGUCUGCGACGGACACGCUGGCCAGAAGACGUUGGAGACGCAGGAUAAGAGCAAGAAGAAACGCCUGGACAGCCCCAGGCUAGGACUCACCUUUAGAAAGUUCUUUAGGCAUAAGGAGACUGAAAACUCACCCAGUACUUCAGCCAACCUCAAGUCAGAAAAAGCCAGCUUCACGCCCCAGGAGCCUCAAGGGGCGACCAAGAGUUCGAAAGGCUGCGGCCCACCAAGUCAUGCGCCUCCUGCUGCAGCCAGUGACCCAAGGGAAGGCAGCAAGGAGAAGUCGGGGCCCACCGCACUGCCUCUGGGAAAGCUGUUUUGGAAGAAGUCAGUUAAAGAGGAUUCACUUUCCACAGGUGCAGAGGAGAAUGUGGUGUGUGAGCCACCAGUAGAAACUGUAAGGUUUGAGGAAGUAGAGCCUGCCUUACAAACUGUGGAUCUCAAUGAAGAAGAGGCCCCGCCCGAACCCACAGAUGUAAAAGUUAAAGAAGAAAACAAACCCCGGAGGACCCCUCUGAUGGCGUUUCUCAGACAAAUGUCAGUGAAAGGGGAUGGAGGGAUCACCCGCUCAGAAGAAAGUAAUGGGAAAGACUCCAGUUGCCAAACAUCGAACUCCACGGAGAAGACGCCCUCGCCUCCAGAGCCGGAGCCCGCGCCAACAGCCCAGAAAAGCAAGGAGACCUCCUCGAAGGAGAAGUCGGUGGACAAGAAGUCUGUGGCUGAGACCAACAAGCAGAAGAGCAGCAAACAGGAAGCCAGAGAACCCGCGCAGUGCGUGCAACAGCCCGUGGUGGAGGCAAACUCACUGCAGAGUGGAGACAAGCCCCAAAAGAGGUCGGAGAAGCGGCGACAGUCCCUCGGGGGCUUCCUGAAGGGGCUGGGACCAAAGCGGAUGCUGGAUGCUCAGGUGCAGACGGACCCCGUAUCCAUCGGACCAGUCGGAAAAUCCAAGUAAACAAACCACUCGUUCCCACCAGAUCCUCCUCCACUCCAUCUCCCGUCCAGACUCACUCUGUGUAUAUAUUUGUCUUUCUCCUGGCCAGCCAAUGAAAUUCUGCCUACAACUUCAACCUGAA